AUGCUGCCUAGAAGUGCAUUUGCGAAGGCCAUCGCUAGCAAUACAAGACGCUGCAUUUAUUCUAACAAGGCUACCGGCUCUCGUUUCAUCAGUUCGAAGCCACCGGCCAAGGAUGCAGCAAGCAUCCGCCCACAGCCAUCCCCCGCCUUCCAGCAGUCGCCACCUCCCAAGGCUGUUGGAAAAGAAGUUCAAUCGAAUACAAAGAUAAUGCCUUGGGAUCUUGACGACUCAUUCGUCGGUAUGAGCGGUGGUGAAAUAUUCUCGGAGCUCAUGCUUCGUCACAAGGUCAAGCACGUUUUCGGUUACCCAGGCGGUGCCAUUCUUCCUGUUUUCGAUGCCAUUUACAAUUCACCUAACUUCGAAUUCAUUCUGCCACGCCAUGAACAAGGUGCUGGUCAUAUGGCUGAAGGUUACGCUCGUAUCACGGGCAAACCAGGUGUCGUACUCGUCACUUCCGGUCCUGGAGCAACCAACACCAUCACUGCAAUGCAGGACGCUCUCUCUGACGGUAUUCCAAUGAUUGUUUUCACCGGUCAAGUCGCUACAUCUGCUAUCGGCUCUGAUGCUUUCCAAGAGGCUGAUGUCAUCGGCAUUUCGAGAAGUUGUACAAAGUGGAACGUUAUGAUUCAAAACGUUUCUGAAAUCCCAAGAAGAAUCAAUGAGGCUUUCAAGAUAGCGACAUCAGGUAGACCAGGUCCUGUCCUCGUCGAUUUACCAAAGGAUGUUACAGCUAGUAUCUGCAAAGACGCAAUCCCUUCACGCUACACCCAACCACAAGCCCUUCCUCCUCUUCCAAACCCACCUGUUCUAUUUCCAUCUGAUACUGGCCCUGAUCUCAGCUCAAUAAAAAGCGCAGCAGAAUUAAUCAACAUAGCUAAACGCCCUGUAAUCUACGCCGGUGCCGGUAUUCUCAACAGCGAAGAUGGUCCAGCAAAACUUCGCGAACUUUCUAACAAUGGGAACAUCCCUGUAACCACUACCCUUCAAGGUUUGGGUACUUUUGACGAACUUGAUCCAAAAUCUCUUCACAUGCUUGGUAUGCACGGAUCAGCAUACGCCAACUUGGCCAUGCAAGAAGCAGAUCUUAUUAUUGCACUUGGUGCACGUUUUGACGAUCGUGUUACUGGUAAAGUUGAUACAUUUGCACCAGCAGCCAGAGCUGCUGCCCUUCAAGGACGUGGAGGUAUCGUCCACUUUGAAGUGAUGCCAAAGAAUAUCAACAAAGUUGUUCAAGCUAAUGUAGCAGUCGCUGGCGAUGUAACACAAAACCUCGGUCAUCUUAUACCUCACGUUCGCUCAAAGCCACGCGAAGAAUGGUUUGACAAAAUCGCUGCAUGGAAGGAAAAGUAUCCAUUCAUCUUUGAAAAGUCUGCUAGCAAUUCGAUCAUGAUGAAACCACAAGAAGUAAUCGAAGAGCUUGACAAGCAGAGUCGCGGUAAGAAGGAUGACUUUAUUCUCACUACUGGUGUUGGUCAGCAUCAAAUGUGGGCUGCUCAACAUUAUAGAUGGACCGCUCCACGCACCAUGGUGACCUCAGGUGGUCUCGGAACAAUGGGUUUUGGUUUACCUGCUGCGAUUGGUGCCAAGGUUGCUGCACCAAACAAGACAGUCAUUGACAUUGACGGUGACGCUUCUUUCUCGAUGACUGCAAUGGAAUUGCAAACUGCAUCUCAGUUCAACAUUGGUGUCAAGGUUAUUGUUCUUGACAAUGCUUUCCAAGGUAUGGUUCUUCAAUGGCAAGAUCUUUUCUAUGACAACAGAUAUUCGCACUCCCAAAUGAUUAAUCCAGACUUCUGCAUGUUAGCCAACGCAAUGGGAGUACACGCUAUUAAGGUUGAAACUCUUGCAGACUUACCAAAGGCCAUGGAAGAGUUCCUGGCACAUCCAACCGACAGACCAGUGUUACUGCACGCCAAGGUCGUCAAGAACGAGCACUGUUAUCCAAUGGUUGCCGCAGGUAAAGCCCUUCACGAGCAAACUUUGCAUCCACUUUUAGUGAAAAAGGAUUAG